CCCUACUCCUACAACACCUUUCACUUCCAAGUUCAAACAUGAAUUCCCCAAAGCACCACCACUGCGUCACUUCCCUCAAAACCCUAACCCCCCACAUCACCUGCCUGGCGCUCCACCGUAACCUCCUCUACGCCGCAUCCCUCAACCUCAUCAACGUCUUCGACCUCUCCCACCACUCCCACAUCGACGCCUUCAACCAAAGCCCCGCCUCAGGCUUCGUCAAGUCCAUCGCAUUCAGAGCCUCAAAGGUCUUCACCGCGCACCAAGACUGCAAGAUUCGCGUCUGGCUCAUCACCCCCUCCAAACGACACCGUCUCCUCUCCUCCCUCCCCACCGUCGCCGACCGCCUGCGCCGCUGCAUCGUCCCCCGCAACUACGUCAGCGUCCGCCGCCACAAGACCACCCUCUGGAUCCAGCAUUGCGACACCGUCUCCGGCCUGGCCGUCAACCACACCCUCAUGUAUUCCGUUUCCUGGGACAAGAGCUUCAAGGUUUGGGACCUCUUCAGUUACCGCUGCUUGGAGUCCGUCACGGCGCACGACGACGCCAUCAACGCCGUGGCCGUCGGCGGAGACGGCACCGUCUACACGGCCUCCGCGGACGGGAGCAUCAAGGUCUGGAGGAGAGGCAACGAGGCCAAGCGGCAUGCGUUGGUGAGCAACAUAGGGAAGCAGAAGUCGACGGUGAAUGCGCUUGUUUUGGAUGGUGACGGCACGGCUUUGUUUUCCGGCGGUUGCGACGGCGCCAUCUGCCGGUGGGUGUGGGGGGAGAACGACGUGGUGAAGAUGGAGACUUUGCGGGGUCACGGUGGGGCCAUAUUGUGUCUGAUCCACGUGGCGGGGGUGUUGGCGAGUGCGUCAGCGGAUCUAACGGUUAGGAUCUGGCGAGGUCAAAGAGGGAGUGGUGGGUAUUGUUGCAGGGCGGUGUUGGAAGGGCACCAGAAACCGGUGAAGUCAUUGGUGGCGUUUUCUGGUGAGGGAGACUCCAACGGCGUCGUUACUCUCUUCAGUGGAAGCCUUGACGGGGAGAUUAAGGUCUGGGAGGUCUUUGCUUUGCUUUGAAUCUGCUGCAUUCAUUUUCCCUACCAAGAUCACCAUUUAAAAACUACAAUAUUAUUACAACACGUACGUUAAAAGUUAUAACCCUCACACUAAUAUUGUGUGGGUUUGCAAUAUAUAUAGGAUGAAUCAUGAAACGCAGACCCUAUGUAACAUGUGCUUUUCUUGUGUUCAUAAAAUCACUCUUCAAACCUGUUUCCUAAACUUUAUUCCGUGUCACUCAUAUAAUUUCCCAUUCCAAAGCCUUGUUACUAGAACUGUACUAUAAAUAAAUAACUAAUUA